AUGUCGGGCAUAAAGAAAAGUCGCCGUUUGAGAGGUAAAGUCUCCCAUGGUUAUGGUAGAACAAACAAGCACAGAAAACAUUCUGGUGGGCGUGGUAAUUGUGGUGGCUUGAAGUUUAUGAAGACCUGGUUUCAGAGAUAUCAUCCAGACUACUUCGGCAAGCGCGGUGAGAAUAUUUAUCACAUGAAGAAAAAUGCAACAUGGUCGCGAUUUAUCAGUGCAGCCAAGCUUUGGAAUCUUAUUCCUGAAGACCAGAGGACUGAAAUUCUCAAGAGCGAACGAGUACCUGUCAUUGAUGCAAGAGAGUUUGGCUACCAUGUUAUUGUCGGUGGCGAGCUUCCCUUGAACAGGCCGGUCAUUGUCAAGGCUAGAUACUUUACACCAAAUGCAGAAGAGGCUAUUGUCAAAGUUGGGGGAAAAGCUAUUAUUUCUGAUUAA